ACGUCAAAUUGUCAAAUGUUGUGUUGACGAAAAAUGUUUGGCGUUGGCGCGAAGUAUCAUCGAAAAAUCCAUAAUUCCUUAUUGUUUUUGUGAAUUAAAGACGUUACUCCCGUUCAUACUUGAUAAUUGCCGCUGUUUAUAAUUUGAACAAUGCCAGCUUUCCUAAGAUUUAUUGACAUGGAGAACUUCAAGUCCUACCGCGGACGCCACCGCAUAGGACCUCUGAAAUCUUUUACCGCCGUUGUGGGGCCCAAUGGCUCAGGUAAAUCUAAUUUCAUGGAUGCUGUGAGUUUUGUGAUGGGAGAGAAGACUUCACUGCUGCGAGUGAAACGGCUUAGUGACCUCAUCCACGGGGCCUCCAUCAAUAAACCAGCAUCCAGGAGUGCAUCAGUGACUGCCACAUUUGUGCUGGAAGACAUGACAGAAAAGCAGUUCCAGAGGUCUGUCAUUGGACAGUCCUCGGAUCACAAAAUUGAUGGACAGUCAGUGUCAGUGAGUCAGUAUCUGGCUGAGCUGGAGAAGCUGGGCAUCAAUGUGAAGGCGAAGAACUUCCUGGUGUUCCAGGGCGCUGUAGAGAGCAUCGCCAUGAAGAACCCUAAGGAGAGGACUGCUCUAUUUGAGGAGAUCAGUGGGUCAGGUGUGCUGAAGGAGCAGUACGAAGCGUGCCGCGCGGAGGUGAACCGCGCUGACGAGGAGGCGCAGUUCUCCUACCAGAAGAAGAAGGGAGUGGCCGCCGAGAGGAAGGAGGCCAAGUACGAGAAAGACGAGGCCGAGAAGUAUACUAGGCUGAAAGAGGAACUGCAACAACAAAGAGUGGAACUGCAACUCUUUCACCUUUAUCACAAUGAGAAAGACAUUCAGAAUGCUGAGGAGGAUCUACAGCACAAGCAGUCAGAGCUUGCCAAAGUGGAGAAGAAGAGACAGAAGGCAGAGGAUGCUCUCAAGGAUAAGAAGAAAGAAUCUGGCGCAGCGCAGCGGGAGCUCGCCAAGAUAGAGCAGGAGAUCAGAGAAGUGGAAGCGGAGAUAUCCAAGAAGCGGCCGACGUUCAUCAAGGCCAAGGAGCGCGUGACGCACACGCAGAAGAAGCUGGAGGGCUCCAUCAAGACGCUGGAGCAGGCGCGCAAGGCGCACGAGGCGCACCAGGCCGACAUCAGAAAGCUGGAGGAGGAACUGCGUCAAAUCGAGGAGCAGAAGGCGGAGUGGGAGGCCACCAUCACCGGCUCCAGCCUCUCGCGCGCCGACGUGCACCUUGAGGAGGCCCAGAUCCGGCAGUACGAGGACCUGAAGAUGGAGGCGUCCCGGCAGGCGGCGCGCUACCUGCAGGACCUGGACUCCGUCAACCGUGAGCAGAAGGCCGACCAGGACCGCCUCGACAACGAGAUGCGCCGCAAGGGCGAGCUCGAGAACAAGCACCGCCAGAAGGGUCACGAGCGGAACGAGGCGAUGAAGCGCGUGGAGAAGCUGAACGAGCACAUCAAGAGCUCGGAGCAGGCGCUGGAGGAGCAGAAGAGGCUGCGGGCUGAGUUGCAGGCCGACGUGGGGUCGUGCCGCGGGCGCGCCGCCGCGCUGCAGGAGGCUCUAGAGGACGUGGCGUCCCAGCUGGGAGACGCUCGCGUCGACAAGCACGAGGAGGCGCGCAGGAAGAAGAAGCAGGAGAUCGUCGAGAACUUCAAGCGGGAGAUUCCGGGAGUGUACGACCGCAUGAUCAACAUGUGCCAGCCCACGCACAAGCGCUACAACGUGGCCAUCACCAAGGUGCUGGGCAAGUACAUGGAGGCCAUCGUGGUGGACACGGAGAAGACGGCGCGCCGCUGCAUCCAGGUGCUCAAGGAGCGCAUGCUGGAGCCCGAGACCUUCCUGCCGCUCGACUACAUCCAGGCCAAGCCGCUGCGCGAGAGGCUCCGAGACAUAAAGGAGCCGAAGAACGUGAAGCUGCUGUUCGACGUGCUGCGCUUCGAGCCGCCCGCCAUCCACCGCGCCGUGCUGUUCGUCACCAACAACGCGCUCGUGUGCGAGACGCCCGAGGACGCGUCGCGCGUCGCCUACGACCUCGACCGCACCAAGAACAGCCGCUACGACGCGCUGGCGCUGGACGGCACGUUCUACCAGAAGUCGGGCAUCAUCUCGGGCGGCUCGCUGGACCUGGCGCGGAAGGCAAAGCGCUGGGACGAGAAACACCUGUCACAGCUCAAAGCUAAGAAGGAGAAACUGACUGAGGAGCUGCGCGAGUCCAUGAAGAAGUCGCGCAAGGAGUCGGAGCUCACCACCGUGGACUCGCAGAUCCGCGGCCUGGAGUCGCGCCUCAAGUACGCGCUCACCGACCGCGACACCACGUUAAAACAAAUAAAGACACUAGACGCUGAACUGGCGGAGUUGGAGCGCAGAAUGGAUAUGUUCGGGCCCCAAAUCGAAGAGAUCGAGCGCACGAUCUGCGCGCGCGACGCCAAGAUCCAGGAGAUCAAGGAGAACAUGAACAACGUGGAGGACGUGGUGUUCCGCGGCUUCUGCAGGGACAUCGGCGUGGCCAACAUACGGCAGUACGAGGAGCGCGAGCUGCGCGCGCAGCAGGAGCGCGCCAAGAAGCGCAUGGAGUUCGAGGCGCAGAUCGACCGCAUCGCCUCCAACCUGGAGUUCGAGCGCUCGCGCGACACGCAGAAGAACGUGACGCGCUGGGAGCGCACCGUGCAGGACGGCGAGGACGAGCUGGAGGUGAGCCGCCAGGCGGAGGCCAAGCAGCGCCAGGACAUCGACCGCGAGCUGCGGCGCGCCGACGCGCUCAAGGCGGAGCGCACCGCCUCGCGCGCCGCGCAGGACAAGGCGGAGGAGGCCGUGUCGGCGGCGCGCAAGGAAGUGACGAGCAUUCAGAAGGACAUCCAGUCGAUCCAGAAGCAGAUCGCGAGCAUCGAGUCGCGCAUCGAGAGCCGCCGCAGCGACCGCCACAACGUGCUGCGCCAGUGCAAGAUUGACGACAUCGCGAUCCCGCUGCUGGAGGGCAGCCUCGACGACACAACGGAAGGCGAGUCUGAGACUUCCUCGCUAUCCAGUGCGGCGCUGCAUCGCCGAGACUCGAGGAUCCGCGUGGACUACCGCUCGCUGAGCGACGCGCUGAAGGAGCUGGAGGAGGCGGACGAGAUCAAGCGCAAGGCCGACAAGCUGCAGAAGGCCAUCAACACGCUGCAGAACACCGUCGACAAGAUCCAGGCGCCCAACAUGCGGGCGAUGCAAAAAUUAAACGAAGUUCGUGAAAAAGUGAACGCAACCAACGAGGCGUUCGUGGCGGCGCGGAAGCGCGCGCACAAAGCUAAGCUAGCCUUCGAAAAGGUGAAAAAGGAACGUCACGACAAAUUCGUAGACUGUUUUGAGCACGUCUCUAAUGAGAUCGACGCUAUCUAUAAGGCCCUCGCCAUGAACCAGUCGGCGCAGGCGUUCCUCGGCCCGGAGAACCCCGAGGAGCCGUAUCUGGACGGAGUGAACUACAACUGCGUGGCGCCCGGCAAGAGGUUCCAGCCGAUGUCCAACCUGUCCGGAGGGGAGAAGACCGUGGCUGCGCUCGCGCUGCUCUUCGCUAUACACAGGUGCGUUGCGUCGCCAUGCACCCGUCGCACCGGAGCACCCCGAGGAGCCGUAUCUGGACGGAGUGAACUACAACUGCGUGGCGCCCGGCAAGAGGUUCCAGCCGAUGUCCAACCUGUCCGGAGGGGAGAAGACCGUGGCUGCGCUCGCGCUGCUCUUCGCUAUACACAGCUACCAGCCGGCGCCGUUCUUCCUGCUGGACGAGAUAGACGCGGCGCUGGACAACACCAACAUCGGCAAGGUGGCGUCGUUCAUCCGUUCCAAGAAGGGCUCGCUGCAGACCAUCGUCAUCUCGCUCAAGGAGGAGUUCUACGGCUGCGCCGACGCGCUCGUCGGCAUCUGCUCAGAGCCCGCAGACUGCCUCGUCAGUGACGUCAUAACGCUCAGCCUUGGAAACUACCCCGACUAGACUAAGUUAAUUUAUUUUGUUAUUAUAAUAGUUACUGUAUUACGUUAGUUUUGUUAUUAUAAUAGUUAGUUACAUAUAUUGAUUGCUUGGCAAUCUUGAUUGUUUGAUGCAUUGACUCUUUCUUGUAACCUGUGUAAGGCUCGGAUAUGUAUAAGAUUUUUAAAACUUAAUGCCACUUUUGCAAUCCAUUAGGGGUGGAGUUUUGAAGUUUGACGGAGUUAUAAUGUUAAUUUUAUUUUUCAAUAUAUUUUGGUUAUUUGAAAUUCGGGUAACAGUAAUCCAUAUCCAGUCUCUCAAUUUUGAAUAUUGAAUUGUAACCAUAAUGGUACCGCUAGGCUAAAAAAACGUUAUCAUUUUGAAAUUACUUGAGUUUUGUAUAAUGAGUAAUUUGCAUCAAAUCUUGUACGUACUUUACACAUUUUAACUACAUUUUUAUGAUUUUUAGACUUACAAAGUUAAUAUUUUUUUAUUCUAAGACUGCUAUAAACUAUAAACAUGUAUGAGUAGGAUAUUUGUGGUGUAUAAUAACAACAAUGUGGGUUCUAUAUCGAGCUCUUUAUUUACAAUAAAAUAUAUAUCUUACAAUACAUA